AUGCCCCGAGGAGGUAUCAAGAGGCUUCGCACAGGAUGCCACACAUGCAAUGUGAUGAGGCUCGACCCGAGUGCAAGCGGUGCACCAGCACAGGACGAAAAUGUGACGGCUUCUCUCCUGUAUUCCACUGGAAAACAUACAAAUCAUCAGCGCCAGCGACUGUGCUGUCUCCUACCCGGGGCUUCUGUCACAUCAACGAGGCUCGUGCUCUUCAUUUCUUCCAGCUUGGCGUCGCGCCGUGGUUGUCCGGCCCAUACCCAUCCUCCUUCUGGACUCACUAUCCUGCAGAUUGGGACUCAUGAGCCAGCUAUCCGGCGUAGCGUUGUUGCAAUAAGUUUGCUAUAUGAAGACUUCAUAGGUAAUGGUAGGCUGAUGCCUCAACUACGACACAAUAUGACAGCACUUCGGCACUACAAUGCAGCCAUACAUGAGCUCAAAGACCUCACCGACACCCACCUGAUCCUGUUAGCAUGCCUGCUGUUUAUAUGCAUCGAGCUGAUGCAAGGGAGCGAAAGCAAGGCCCUGAGCCACCUCGAAGCUGGGCUCCGCAUCAUACGAGCAACACCGGGACUCCGCCCGUGGGUGCGAAACACGCUGCUGCCGCUCUAUCAGCGACAGUCCAUCUUGCUCCUGAAAUUCGGUCGUCGCAAUGAGGUAGAUGCAUUGGCGCGGCCACUCCAUGCCGAUACAGGCUUUUCAACCUUGGAGGAUGCGAGAGUUAUGACCGACGAGCUGUAUCUUCAGAUAUUCCAACUCGCAGCUGAUGGAGCAGAGUAUCGCCACGGACGACUUCGACAUCUACCAAUUCACGCAGACCUGACAGCAAAACAGCACGAGCUCCAACGCGUGACUCAGACAUUUCGAGAGAGGGUUGUUCCGUUGGGAACUUAUUGCUCACAAUCCGACGAUCACAGAUUGAUGUACCUCGGCAGUCUCGUAACUCUGGAUCUGUGCCAAAUCGGGUUGAUGACGGCAUUCGAGACCUCCGAGAUGCGAUUUGAUCACUUCAUCCAAUCCUAUCGGGACAUAGUUGCACGCAUGGAAGAGAUCGGUGCAUCCAUGAUUCGGCGCAAUGGUGGCGCCCCAGGCCGGCCUGUGUUCCAGCUCGAGACGGGAUAUCUCACGAAUAUACUAGCUGUCAUUCUCAAAUGCCGUCACCUUCCUACCAGACUUCAAGCCUACUCAUUGCUCAGGCAAUAUGGCUCCACGAGGCAAGGACUCUGGCAGAUAGAUAAGAUGUGCUUGAUUUGCAAGCGCGUCAUAGAAAUCGAGCAUGACAUUUCCUGGGAUGGGCUUGAGAUAUCGAUGGAGGCAGGUAGAUGGAAUGAGUGGCCCCAGAAGGAAUCCAGGGUUUGUCACAUAAUUCAAGACUACAAACCGAACUUAGACGCCGGGGAGUCUCAUUCUUUAUAUCCAUUGAUGCUCAUCAUGCGCGAUGGACAGGGCCAGGUUUAUUAUUUGGACGACGCAAUCACUAUUGGCUAA